GCCCCUCUACUACCUCUCCGCCCUCUACAACCUUGAGAAAGACAAUUUAGCUUGAUACCCGAACUAGCAGUGUGAUUGAUCGCAAUUGAGCUACUGCAAACGCGCUGCUGAUCACGGCGAACCGCGAGUCAGACGCAUCACGACCUUCACCCCGCCUCAUCAGCUCUCUCCACCACACCUAAACCCAACAACCCUCCACCAACCCCUACAUCCACCACUCCCAUCACCGCUCCGCACAAUGGCCAACCGUUCGAACCGUCCGUCUGCUCUCAAUGCGCCCUCAGCCGCUGCGCCAUCCCCCGAAGUGGACAUCAGCGGCACCGGCGCCAGCUCGAAGGUCACGGCGCGGCUGCCCUCUGGCGAGAGUGUUGAGGUCCUGCUCUACGGCGCGACUGUCAUUUCAUGGAAGAGCGACGGCGGCAAGGUCGAGAACCUGUGGGUGAGCGAUGCGGCGAAGCUGGACGGCACCAAGGCUGUGAGGGGAGGCAUACCGGUUGUGUUUCCGGUAUUCGGACCUCCUCCGAAAGACCACGCCACCUCAGCGCUCCCGCAGCACGGCUUCGCGCGCACCUCGCGAUGGGAGUUCCUGGGCAAGUCGUCGUCUGAAGAUGCGCUCGACGCCUCGUCCGUGAAGCUAGACUUUGGCCUCUACAGCUCGAACCUCAGCGAUGAGGCGAAGAAGGCCUGGCCGUAUGAUUUUGGCCUCGUCUACAGCGUCACGUUGAGCAAGGAGGGACUGCAGACGGUCGUGAAUGUGCGGAAUGAGGGAACAAAGGUGUUUGAGUUCCAGCUGCUGCUUCAUACGUACUUAAGGGUCAAGGACAUCUCCAAGACCACCGUCACUGGCCUCGCAGGCGUGCCCUACGUCGACAAAGUCCUCGAUGCGACUACGCAUACCCAAUCAAGUCCCACACUUUCCAUCACUGGCGAGGUCGAUCGCGUCUACGCGUCCAUCCCACAAGAUACCACGACGGUGCUCGAGGACGGGAAGCCGCGAUUCGACGUCGUAAGGGACAACGUGGAUGAUACCGUCGUGUGGAAUCCGUGGAAGGAAAAGGCAGCCGCUUUGAGCGACUUUGAGCCAAAGGACGGCUUCCAGCAGUUGCUGUGUGUUGAGGUCGGCUCCGUGCAGGGAUGGCAGAAGCUUGAAGCUGGGGAUGGGUUCGAGGGAGGACAGCUGAUCAAGAGCUUGUUAUAGGUGCAGAGUCGAUGUGUUUCGUCUAGCUGUGGGCGGGAGAGUGCUUUUGGAACCAGCGGCAGCGAGCAGCUUUAUGAGAGGUUCAAAAUAGGUGUUAGGUGGAUUGGGACGGUUUGGCUGAGGAUGGGGGGCUUGGAUUACCCUGGGAUUGGGAGAUGGCUGCUACGGUGUCGACGAUUGGAUGAGAAUGAUAUCAACUGCACUGAAUAGAA